AUGGUCAUAGCCCACCUCCGCCAGUCGAGUAUUGACCUCGACUCGGCUGACCGACCAUUUGACAAUAUCAUCAACUUUCGGGAUGUUGGCCGAACCGUCAACCAGGUGCUCGGUCGACGGGUAAUCAAAGAGGGUCUUCUCUUCCGAAGUGCCAGGCUAGACGAAGCCUCCGAGCGUGACAAGCGUCGUCUGACUGAAGAGUACCAUAUCUCCACCAUUAUUGACCUUCGAUCCAGCACCGAACACCACAUGGCCGCCACGAAACGCCUUUCUGAGUUGGAGAUCGCCCGUGCUUCCUGCAAUCGCCCAGAUGACAUCCACCUCGUUGACCUCCCACAUGUCCAACGUAGGCUGGUCAGUCUCACCGGCAGAGCUUUUGAGCGAGCUUUACUCUGGCGCCUUGAUUGGUGGAACUUCCUAAAAGUCAUUGCGCUUGCAGCAUCCGGCUACCGAGCCGACGCUGUCAUUAUCGUGGGUCAACAGGUCAUGUCUCCACGCGGCCUCAUCGGGCUCGGCAUCGAUACCCUCGAUAGUAGCUUCAGCGAGAUGAGAGAGCUUUUCGAAUUGCUUGCCGGUAGCGAGACACAGGCUAGCUCGGAAUUAAGCACAACCGACAGUAGCACGGAUUCUUCGUCUGCCGCCUCACCCUACCCUGUUCUCGUCCACUGUACUCAGGGUAAAGACCGCACGGGGUUGAUCAUUCUUCUCCUUCUGCUUCUGACGGGUGCUGUAACCCAAGAAGCCAUCCGGGCCGACUAUGUUCUCUCCGAGGGAGAGUUGGUCGUCGAGGUGGAGGAGCGGAUGAAAGAGAUCCGGAUGCUAGGGCUGUCAGAGGACUAUACCAAAUGUCCCGAUGGGUUCACUGCACAGAUCUGUGCGCAUCUGGAGACUAAGUAUGGGGGUGUGGAGGGAUAUCUAAAACAGGUGGGGGUGGACCAACUAGACCUGGAGCGAGUCAGGAAAAACCUACUCGCAUGA